AUGAAUCCUCAAGAGUCUGUAGUCCUCGACUACACCCUCCACGAUCUCUACAAUCUCGAAAACGCCAGUAAUGAAGAAAUUGUUCUCGUCUAUGCCUACCCGCCACCAGCCGAUAUCCAUCCUACUUCCUCAACGCCCGCCCUGACAAAGUUCCCCAUCCAAUCGCCUCUAUGUCCCAUAUACGAGAAGGAAGAGCUAGCCAAGCAGUUAUUCCACGGAACAUCACAGCGAUUCGGCUUCUGCUCUGGUCCCAUGUCCAUAGCCAUCUUUGAUCUUGACCGCAAGCAAUACAAUGACAACGAAAAGCCCGCCCCCAUACUGCCUCACCACGCAGAUACCUAUAACACUUUCAACCAACUACCAACCCAUCAAAGACCGCACCCAGAAUUUCUCAAAACUCCAGCAGAUCUAAAACUGCCCACCAACUCCCGCCUCGCAAUAACCGUCCCCCUAGACUGGAUUUCUCACCUCCCGCACAUCACAGACCCCAACGUGCACUACAACCUCCUCUCAAAGCGCGGACUCGCGCAUUCGGGACUCCCCACGCCCAAAACAACCGUCAUCGACACACACCUCUCACCAACCCACACCUUCACCGACUCCGAACUCACCGAAGAAAUAACACGCAUGACCGCCCCGAUCCGCACCACCAAUCUCCCAUUUAUCCUGAAAGUCCCACGCGUCGCAAGCAUCGGACAGGGAACAUUCAUAAUCCGCAGCGAGACCGACCGCGUCGCCGCAAACGCCGUCUUCCAGGACACGGUGCGCAAGAUGCUAAUGGAUCUCACGCCUUCCAACGCGCACUUGAGCCCCUGUAACCUAGUCAUGCAGGACAUGGUCGAUGGUGAAACAGUUGGGAUUACAUUCUUCGUGACGCAGUCAGGCCAAGCGAUUUUCAACUGCUGUACGAGGCAAGAAGUCGACGGGGCGUAUUGCUGGUCUGGUGGGCUUGUUUCCUACAAUGAGCAGGAAGUCUUGGAGGAGCGGUAUCGAGAGAUAAUAGCCACCGUGGCACGGUUCUUACAUCGGAAUGGCUAUUUCGGGCCCGCCGGGGUGGAUGUCAUGACUGAUAGUCACGGGGAGCAGCUCGUUGUUGAUUUGAAUGUGCGGAUAACGGGGACUUAUCAUUUAGGGCCGUUAAAGGGACAUUUCGCGAAAAGGGGGUUUGUUGAAGCUGCUGGGUUGGCGAAUCAGCGGAUACGGUGCUCUAGAGGGCAAUUUGAGGAGGUGUUUGGGGAUGAGCUCAGGGAUGGGAGUUUGUUGGUUACGGCAACGACCUCUAAAAUCCUUUGA